AUGGAGAAAGGGGAAGAAUACACUUCUGCUAGGCGACCGCUGUUUUUUGUGGAAAACAGUAAUUAUAUGGAUACACCAACGCCGGGGGAUGAUGAGGUAGUGAUUGAUAAUCAUGGUAUAGUAUUGGGGAAUGAUGAUGAUGAUGUGGUGGUUUUAGAGCCAACGCUGGGAAAUGAUAAUGAUGGUAUUUCAGAGCCAACCUCAGGAAAUGAUGUUGAUGGGGUUUCAGAACCAAUGUCGGGAAAUAAUGAUGAUGGGGUUUCAUGUCCAACGCUGGGAAAUGAUGAUGGUGAUGGUGGGGUUUCAAAGCCAACGCCGAGGAUGUUUUUUAAAACUGAGAAAGAACUCAUUUACUACUACAAGCAAUAUGGGAGACAGGCUGGAUUCGGCAUAAUGACACAAAGAAGUAAAAGGGAAAAUGAUGGGAGUGUUAGAUAUGUAACACUUGGUUGUGCUCGUGGUGGUAAGGCAAGAAAACGUAUUACCAACAUUUCUAAACCCUGCCCAAUAACAAAGACUGAUUGUAAGGCGAGAAUUAAUGCAGUUUUGGCUGAUGAUGUCUUACGUAUAACUACUAUCUGCAAUGCACAUAACCAUGGGUUAAGUCCACAAAAGGCAAGAUUUUUUAGAUGUAAUCGUGCAAUUGAUGAUUCCGUAAAGAGGCAAUUAGAUAUUAACGACAAGGCAGGCAAAGGUAUGUCCAAAAGUUUUAACGCAUUGGUUGUUGAGGCUAGUGGUUUUGAGAAACUUCCAUUUAUUGAAAAAGAUGCCCGGAAUUAUAUUGACAAAGCUCGACACCUUAGACUUGGUAAAGGAGGUGUUGAUGCACUUCGUGGUUAUUUUGAGAGAAUGCAGUAUAAGAAUGAUGGGUUUUACUCAUCGAUGGAUUUGGAUGAUGAUGGUCAAUUAAAAAAUGUCUUCUGGAUCGAUGCACGCAGCAGAGCAGCGUAUGAGUAUUUUGGAGAUGUUGUGACAUUUGAUACAGCAUACUGA